GUCUUUAAUCAGUGUGUGUGAACAAGAGCCAGCAGGCUUCCCGUAAAAUGAUUUUAUGAAGAGGACCCUGGAGGAAAAAGGCUCUGAGGAGAGAAUCUGAAUAUACACAGGGUCCGUUUAAGGGACCCUUUUCUUUUCUUGGUUCACAGAAAUAAGUUCGCCAUGUGAUGUCAAAUGGCAUCAGAUGUAUCCUCAGUAGUCCAGAGGGACUGUUGCGAGGUUUUUUUCCCUAAUGAUGAUGAUGGAAUUUGCCUGAACCCGCUCACCUUGCAGGAACGUUCCCCUGUGAGUUACAUGGACAUAUAGACUGAAAAAAACAAAACGAAACUAAAAUAAAAAAAAAUUGAACCAUGAGGUCUGGCUGACAAACCAACCAACCAACCAAACAAAGAAUCUUGAACAGCUUGAAUGAUUAGUUUGGAAAUUCCUUUCUUGUUCCUCUUACUUCAAAAAAGUCCGGAGAGAUCACCUCAGGGUCCUACGCCAUUCUCUGAACUCUCUGCAUAAUCUCUACUUUGGUAAAAACUGUAGCAACAACAAAACAAAAAUGGCUGCCGGAGUUGCAACAUGGUUACCUUUUGCCCGGGCAGCUGCGGUUGGUUGGCUUCCUCUGGCCAAAAAGACCAUGCCCAAACCUCCUGUCGAUAAGAAGAGCCGCAGCGAUGAGAUCCUGAUAGUCAACGUGAGUGGGCUUCGCUUCCAGACGUGGAAAAACACCCUGGACCGUUAUCCUGACACUUUGCUGGGAAGCUCUGAAAAGGAAUUCUUCUAUAAUGAAGACACUCAGGAAUAUUUCUUUGACAGGGACCCGGAGAUGUUUCGACACAUCCUGAACUUCUAUCGCACAGGCAAGCUGCACUACCCACGGCAGGAGUGCAUCCAAGCUUUUGAUGAAGAACUCGCGUUCUACGGCAUCGUGCCGGACAUCAUUGGGGACUGCUGCAUGGAAGAGUACCGGGACCGCAAAAAGGAAAACCAGGAGAGGCUGGCUGAGGACACAGAAGCAGAGAUGGUGACAGACCAACCCUUACCUCCGAACAGUACACCUCGUGAACGCUUAUGGCGAGCUUUUGAGAAUCCGCACACCAGCACGAUGGCUCUGGUGUUCUACUAUGUCACAGGCUUCUUCAUUGCCGUCUCGGUCAUUGCUAACGUAGUGGAGACUGUUCCAUGCCGGGCUCCCAAAAGCAACCAAAAGGACUUGCCAUGCGGUGAGAAGUACGAAGUGGCCUUCUUUUGCAUGGAUACGGCAUGUGUGCUCAUUUUCACAUUCGAGUACCUGAUGAGGUUAUUCGCCGCCCCCAGCCGCUGCAAGUUCAUGCGCUCGGUGAUGAGCAUCAUCGAUGUUGUGGCCAUCAUGCCCUACUACAUUGGCUUGGUCAUGCCUGACAAUGAGGACGUGAGUGGUGCUUUUGUCACACUGCGUGUCUUCCGGGUCUUCCGUAUCUUCAAGUUCUCACGGCAUUCACAGGGCCUGCGCAUCCUUGGCUAUACGUUAAAGAGCUGUGCCUCUGAGCUUGGCUUCCUCCUCUUCUCCCUCACCAUGGCCAUCAUUAUCUUCGCCACAGUCAUGUUCUAUGCUGAGAAAGGCACCAAGGAAACCAACUUCACCAGCAUUCCAGCCUCCUUCUGGUACACCAUUGUCACUAUGACAACGCUGGGAUACGGAGACAUGGUUCCUAACACCAUAGCCGGAAAAAUCUUCGGCUCCAUCUGCUCUCUGAGUGGCGUCCUGGUGAUUGCGCUUCCUGUUCCUGUCAUCGUAUCCAACUUCAGUCGCAUCUACCACCAGAACCAGAGGGCUGACAAGAUGCGUGCCCAGCAGAAAGUGCGUCUGGCCAGGAUUCGCUUGGCUAAGAAAGGAACCACUAAUGCAUUCCUGCAGUACAAAGAUGAAGGGGGACUCCAGGAUCAUGAUGGUGACAGUGGUGCUCUGUGUCUGAAGAACAGGUCGUCCUUCGAGCACCAGCACCACCAUCUGUUACAUUGCCUGGAGAAGACUACGAACCAUGAGUUUACCGAUGAACUGACCUACAGUGAGAUGUGUAUGACGGAGUCGGUGGGCUUCCGCACCAGCCGCAGCACAUCGAUCUCCAGCCAACAGGGCGUCUCGACCUCUUGCUGUCCUCGCCGAGCCAAGAGGAGAGCCAUCCGCCUGGCCAACUCCACCGUAUCAGUGAGCCGUGGCAGCAUCCAGGAGCUCGAUACACUGCAUGUGCAUAAGAGUCCGUCUGGGCCUCAAAGUCGCUCGAGCCUCAAUGCCAGGACAGAAGACCUGAAGUUAAACUGUGAGCAGCGAGACUUCACAGCAGCCAUCAUUAGCAUCCCCACUCCUCCAGCCAACACGCCUGAUGAAAGCCUGCCAUCGUCGCCUGCUAUCCCAGGCAUCCUGCGCAACUCCCGCUGCUCCUACAGUCAGGAGGCUGUCAAGAUCUCGUCCUUAUAACAAAACCACCUCCAAGCACAGAGCUUUCCUCCAAUGCACAAACGGGAAGGAGGAAGCUUUUCCUGUCAGACUUACCACCAAAAUACCAUCCCAAGAUACAAUAUGUUUGACAAAGGCACCCAGAUAUGGCUUCAUCCCAAACUGAAAGCACCCUUGAGGUUCUGUGAGAAUUAAGCAACAGGAACUGAGACGUGAACCGAAGCAAGUUGAAUUACAGCCUUUUUUUUUUGUUUUGGAGGACUGUUUGUUGGGCAUUCAUGAGCUUUCAUAGAUCUGCAUUGCUCAUUCUGCCUAUCAUGGAGAAAAAAGACGAGGAAAAUGAAAAAAACUGUUCCACCAUUUUCUUCUUGGAUGAAAACAGUACUGGAUAUCAUGGAUUAUUUAGUGUGUGCAAUCGCAGGGCCAGUAUUAAGUGUAUGAAGACAGAACUAUAUUCCUAUAUAGAUAUAUCUUUAGCGAGAAGACAUACAAAUACUGUAUCCUGCAAUAGAUGGGUUCACAUAAAAACAAAAAAAAAAACCCGAAAGAUAUUAUGGUUGAGCGUCAGUGGGACAGUAUAUGUAUAUUUAUCAUAAUUUCUAUCAUAAUUCACAUGCAUCUUCCAACCUUACCAAAACCAAAAUGUCAUCAGUGCCACCCUACUCAGACAUGCAUGUUAUUGUGCAGUAGAUUUCAGAGAAUGGAGCAACUUAAAUGCUAUUCCCACCGUUUUUUUUUUUUGCAUGAUAAUUCCCCCACCUCUGUUUUGUUUUGUCCUAUUUUAUUACCUGAUGUCAUUAGAAAAAAAAAAACAUUUAUAGAAUAUUACAGAUCAAAAAUUGCACAGUAACGUAAAAAAAGAGAAAGAAAAUAAAAAAAAACCAUUCAGGCAUGUUCUUUGCAAAAAUCUCUGUCUGGACGUACGUGGGUAUAUGCGGGGAUGAUGGGAGUGAUGAUAGAAAGGUUUUGUGUACAUUCAUCACAAAUAUGCAUGGAUACCGUUAUAGGUAUAAUUUCCCUUUUCCUUUAUUUUUUAUAUUCAUUACUCUUUUGGUAAG